ACUGCGCGCGGAGGCGAAAAAAAAAAAAACAAUUCCUGUUCGUGUUUUAUCCCCGAAAAAUAAAUGCAGCUGGAAGGCCCAUAGCAAAUCAUCAGAUAAGACGAUAAAAGGGCACAGCGAACGGACAAUGGCCAGGAAUGCAGGCGGCAGCUCCUCUAGCGCGGCACAGUCUUCGUCAGCCGGCUCGGCGCAAGCAGCAGCGGCGGCGGCUGCAGCAGCGGCAGCGGCUUCGAAUGCCAAACAGAAACGCAGCACAAGAUUCAGCCUCUCCUCGAACCUGAUGCUGGACAAGUGGAAGACGCUCAUUGGCUGCAUGUGCCUAUGUAUCGCCUCGUACUUCGGCUACUUGGGAUAUUUAGAGACGCGGGUGAAUACGCCAUUCGACCAUCAGAAAAUGGUGGUGCAGUCGGGUUUGGAUCAGCUGGAUCGGUACUGGGGUACCUAUAGGCCGCUCAACUACUUCGGGAUGAAGACUCGAGAUCCUCAUUCGCUGGUCAUGGGCUUAAUGUGGUAUACGCCCAGCAAUCUGGGUCCUGGCGGCCAGGGCAUACGGCACUGGUGCGAGCAAGGCGACAAGCUGGACUCUUAUGGCUGGACGCACCACGAUGGGCGCAGCUUUGGGGUCCAGGAGAUCCAGGACUUGCCCUUUGAGCUGAAGACGUCCUUUGUCAAGUAUCCGGAGGGCAAGCAGUAUGGCGGCGAUUGGACGGCCAGGAUUUCGGUGCGGAACACAACGCGGGCCUGGGACAAGAGCAUCUCGUUAAUCUGGUAUGUGGCCCUCGACGAGCGCACCAAUGGCCAUAUAAAGUACGUCUCGGACGACAAGAGCCCCGAGCCGGGUGUCUACGGUGAGACGCAGGGCCUGGGCGAGUUCCAAGUGAGAUUCCAUGCAGUCAAAGGCAAGAUCCUGCACAAAUCCUACCUUAGCACUGUGGCCCCAUCGCUGGGCAAGCUCAAGGACACACUCUUUUCGCACUUUCGCGCCUUCGCCGACAAGCGAGGAAAUCGUUUUAUAGGACUGCCCGGCGAAAUAGUCUCCCAGAACGGUCUGCCCUCCAACAAUCCGGAACCAAACUUUAUAGCCAUACAGAUCACAGCGGAGGUGGAUUUUACGCUGGACAUAACCUAUCAGUCGACGUCAGGCUUCUCCCUGGGGCAAUCGAUACCGAAACCACCGACGGGCAGGGCCUACCAGGAAUCGCUGCAGUCCAAGAUAUCUGAGUUCGAGAGGCGCUUCGAGGAUCGUUUUCAGCUAAAGAAGAAGGGCCACUCACCGGACGAGGUGCGUUUCGCCCGGAAUGCUAUGAGCAACAUGCUGGGCGGCAUUGGAUACUUCUACGGCUCCAGCCGUGUGCAAUCGGUGCAUACUAAGAGCCCGGUGCCAUAUUGGAAGGCUCCGCUAUACACCGCUGUGCCGUCACGGAGCUUCUUUCCUCGGGGCUUUGUCUGGGAUGAGGGCUUCCAUGGCCUGUUGAUCAGCGCCUGGGACAUAGACAUCGAGCUUGACAUUCUGUGCCAUUGGUUUGAUCUCCUAAACGUGGAGGGAUGGAUACCCAGAGAGCAAAUCCUGGGCGUGGAAGCGCUGGCAAAGGUUCCCGAGGAGUUUGUUACCCAACGGAACAGCAAUGCCAAUCCGCCAACGUUUUUCCUCACCCUAAGGAAGCUUCUCACUAGCCAUCGGGCUGAAUUGUCGCAGAACGGAAGACUGGCCACGCUGGAGCGACUGUAUCCCAGGAUGCAGGCCUGGUUCAACUGGUACAACACCACGCAGAAGGGGGAAGUGCUGGGCACCUACCUGUGGCGCGGCCGGAAUGCCACCACAACGCGUGAGCUGAACCCCAAGAGUCUGUCCUCCGGCCUCGACGACUAUCCACGAGCCUCGCAUCCCACGGAAAGAGAGCGGCACGUGGAUCUCCGCUGCUGGAUUGCUCUGGCGGCCAGUGUCAUGGCAGAGUUGUCCACUAUUCUGGGCAAGGACGAUGUGAAGUACUAUGAGACGGCUUCCUUUCUGACCAACAAUGAGGAACUCAACCGGUUGCACUUGGCGCCAUAUAGUGAACAGUACGCGGACUGGGGACUGCACACUGAUCAGGUAAAGCUGAAGAGACCGCCGGCCUUGACACCACAGCAGCAACAUCGCCAGCAGCACCACCAGUAUCAGCAGCAGCCAGAGAUGAAGCGGGUGACGCUGGAGGAGCCCACCUACCAGUUUGUGGACAGCUCCUUCGGCUAUGUGAGUCUCUUUCCGCUGCUGUUGGAGCAGCUGGAGCACGAUUCACCGUACUUAACGAAGCUUCUGCAUGAUCUCCGGGAUCCAGAGCAACUGUGGACUAACUUUGGCUUGCGUUCGCUGUCCAAACGAUCACCGCUCUACAUGAAGAGGAACACCGAGCAUGAUCCACCGUAUUGGCGCGGUCCCAUCUGGAUAAAUAUCAACUAUUUGGCAGCAAAGGCCCUGCAUCAUUAUGGCAGGAUCGAGGGGCCGAAUGCGGCGCUGGCGCGUGAAAUCUACGUCGAGCUGCGCGACAAUCUGGUGGGCAACAUCUUUAGGCAGUAUCAACGCAGUGGCUACCUGUGGGAGCAGUAUGACGAUACCACUGGCGAGGGUAAGGGCUGUAAUCCAUUCACCGGCUGGACAGCAUCCGUCGUACUCCUGAUGGCCGAGCAGUUCUAAACCUUGGAUCUGGAUCCCAAAAAAAUAUCUGCUGUGAGUUCCUCAACGAACAUGAACAUCCCUGCCUCGGAUUCCUGAAAUGAUAUAUACAAUAUAUAUCUAUAUAUAUUUGUGCAGGCUGGAUGGGUUGUCUUUAGUCUUUAAAAACUUUUAACAUGCUUAACAAUGAACGUAUAUUAAGAUAUAUACGAGACAAACUACAAAAUAUAGCUUACGUUUCCGUUUUAA